AAAAAGAAAAGAAUUAUGCUAUUCAAGAGAUUAAAGAGAACAUUAAAACGUUAGAAUGUGAUGUAACUAAAAUACAUCAAAAUCUUAAAAGCAUUGGCCAAGAAAUCUAUUAUCUAUAUGAUGCUAUGACCAAAUCAUCUGAGUCUAGUACAUCUGAGUUGAGUUCAGCUGAAGAAGCUUAUAUAAUAGAAGAGAAACUCAGGGAAUCAGUUUUUACGCUACUUAACAAAGUAAUACAUGUGAAUAAAAAAUCUGUAAUGGGUAAGAAAUCUAGAAAUAAUCAGUGUAAGACUGCAGGGCAACUGGCUUUAUCAUUGUUAAGAAUAUAA